UCGCCACUCGGGCACCGCAGGUAGGGCAGGAGGCUGGAGCGCCUGCUGCCCGCCGCCCGUAAGAUGGUCCCCUCAGCUGGACAGCUCGCCUUGUUCGCGUUGGGUCUUCUAUUGGCUGUGUGCCAGGCCCUGGAGAACACCACGUCCACCCUGAGUGCAGACCCCCCUGUGGCCGCAGCUGUGGUAUCCCAUUUUAACGAGUGCCCGGAUUCCCACAGUCAGUUCUGCUUCCAUGGAACCUGCAGGUUUUUGGUGCAGGAAGACAAGCCAGCGUGUGUCUGCCAUUCCGGGUACGUUGGUGCGCGCUGUGAGCAUGCCGACCUCCUGGCUGUGGUGGCCGCCAGCCAGAAAAAGCAAGCCAUCACCGCCUUGGUGGUGGUCUCCAUCGUGGCCCUGGCUGUCCUCAUCAUCACGUGUGUGCUGAUACACUGCUGCCAGGUCCGGAAGCACUGUGAGUGGUGCCAGGCCCUCAUCUGCCGGCACGAGAAGCCCAGUGCCCUGCUGAAGGGAAGGACGGCUUGCUGCCACUCAGAAACAGUGGUCUGAAGAGCCCAGAGGGAGUUCGGCCAGGUAGACUGCGGCAGCCUGGGGAAAAAAGGACUUCUUCAGGACGAGCCGACAGACUUUCCUACUCUGCCUACAAUCACCUGUACAGCCUUUUCGUCUUUUGUGGGCCUUCCUACGAAACUCUGUCAAGAACUCUGUCUGCUUGGGGUUAUUUGGUGUGACCUAGAUAAGAAAUCAGUGGACCACGGUUUAAAGACUGGUCAAAAAAGAAUUGCAAAGGAGUGGACUCCCUUUUUACCUAGCUAAGGUGUGUGCGACUGUCGGCAUCUGAGCCCAGGUGUACGUGUGGCUGUCUUCUGCCGGUCAUGGAGGCUGGGCUGUGUUGAUUUUUAACGGACUCCUCUCCCCACAAUAGUGUCCAUCCUGCCCCAGAACUGCAGAGUGCUGUAGUUGAGUUUUUUCUCAUCCGUUUAUUGGAGAAGAAGGUGGAGGAAGGGUAACUAUUUGUGACAUGAAGAUGCCAAGUGUAAGAGGAGUUGUGCCUGUCCUCGGUCUCUGUCCACGAGGCCCUCAACCGGCCUGACGUCUUCCACAGACUCACGACGCUGAGGACCUUCCCAAGCCAUCAGCACCCUCGGAGAUAAUUUCCUAUUUAUUAGAUGGAUGAUGGUUUUAUUUUAUUUUAUUUUUAAUCUCUUAAGUCAAUGUAAAAAGCAUCAAACCUUUUCAGACUUCGGCAUUAACGAUGUGUGUAAUGCUGGCUGAAAAGUUAGCUGAUGGAUUAGAACUGUCUGGCCUCUUUGGGACAGCUAAGGCUUGGGGAAAGCCACCCAGGGGGAGUGCAGAGAUGGCAGCAGACAAUGAGCUGCUGAUGAGAGCAAAAAUUGAGCCUCAGAGGCCGUGUCAUUUAAGACACAAAGCAGGUAAAGUCCCUCUGAUACAUUCCAAUAGAAAAGUUAGCGAAUCUGGCAGCAGAGAUCUGUCGUCAGCUUCGGUGGGGGAGAGAGGAAGAGUGCCUGCGUGCCUCUACACAAGGGAAACACAGUGCCGCACCACUCCGUGAUUAAGCAUGUUAACUUCCUAAUGCGCCCUCCCAGAGUAUGUUUAGAAACAAGAGCACGACGCAGAGAGCCACGGGCAUUUGGGGCCACAUUCAUGAAAGGGGGGCUGGGCAUUUCUUUCCUAUGUUGUUGCUCAGUUGAUUUGUUGCUUUAUUUUUAAAAGGAGAAAUUUACCUUUCCUAUUUAUUUUCUAGCAUUAGGGAAAAUGUUCCAGUGAUUUAUUUUUCCCUUUUCUAUUCAGGAUGCUGGUUUUAUUAACAAAAACUCUUAACAAGUCACCUCCGCCAGUGUGGGCCUCGCUUUGCCUUGAGAGAAGGAGGAAUUGUUUUCAUGGGCAUCUGGGUGCAUUCCGACCCCCUGCGCUUGCCUGUGGAAAGCACUGGUUCCCUUCCCAACUAAACAACAGAGAGCUCAUCCCUAGGAAUUUUCAUUCAAAUUUGGAAGCAGAGUAACAGCAAAAUAAUAUGUGAAGUCUUUACGUGAGGAAGCUCUUUAUUCACUAACAUUUGAAAAAUGAAAAAUUUCUAGCAAUUAACUUUGUGCAUCUAGCUCCACACAUCAUGAAAGGGACCUUUAACAUAUGUCAAUUUGGCUUGAAAUUUCUAUCAGGUAGUUUUGUCCCUCUCUAAUUCUUCUCCCCCAAUCUGUCUUUUUUGAUGCAUUUUCUCUUUAUUCCUUACAAUUGAGACAAUUGUAUGACUCGUGUCUUAGCUUUGGCACUUUUCUGGAAUGAUGCUGCACAUGUAGCAAUAGGAGCAGAAACGGGAUCAGCUCAGUAGCUGGCCUGCUAACGACGUCCUGGGCAUAGCUCCCAGGUCUUAAGAUGAAAGAACAGGAUUAAGCUUGCAUUUCUUGGGCCCAUCCUGCAGCAGCCGGUAUGUGGGCUGAGGCCUAAUUGUAGUGUCUUGCUCGGAGACCAGUCCCAUUGACCCUGGUUUGUAGACCCCGGUUAUCACUCCUCUCUCUCAUCAGACCCUCCCGAAAGUCUUAAGAGUCCGGUUAGAAAGACCAGUGGCAGUGGAGUAGUCUGUUUUUUAGUUGAGAUCACAUUUUACUUAGGACAGUCUUUCCUCAGUCUUUUCGAGACCCUUUGAGGUCUGAUUGCCUUUAAAGAAUAUGAACUGGCAGGAAACGUUUUGUCCAGUCUUCAGGCAUCCAAGAGCUUUUGCAGAGGUGUGGGAAGAGGAAGAUGUAAGCAGAGGGAACCUUCUUGGUUCUCUGCAGGGACUCCACGUUUAGUGUCUGUGAAGGCUCUGGUCUUCACAUUACAGAGGCCAGCACACUUUUCCUGGGGUCGGUGCAACCGUGCAGAGAACGAGUGUGCCUCCCUGCAGGUGGCUCCUGAGUCAGUCCUCUGUAAACCAGCAGGUCUGAAAAGAAUUGGAGCAGAGGCUGGGGUGAAGGCAGGCCUUGAUGGACCUUCGCCCAUGCCCAGGUUAGGAGAGGCUUGCUUCUUUGGUGAUUUCUCUUUUAGAAAUCAGAUGGCCAACAAGCAUUGGAUUCCUGUGCCAUUUCAUGGUGUUGGUACCUUUUGGGUUAGCCCCCUUUUCAGGUUAAAAAAGUGUCACAGUUUCCCCGUGUCUCCUUGCCCUUUAGAAAGCCAAGUAUUACGAUUAAGGAGUUGUUCAUGAGGCCUUUCCCGGUAAGGAGCCGGACACCCGGGAGCGGGGAACAGAGCUGCUUCCAAUGUCUAUCUCAAGAGAAAUGAAAAGCCCCCAUUAGAAGGACGGGUGCUUCCAAAUAUUUUAUGGAGCCUAGAUUCUCCCACUGCUCUACAGACCAUGACGUCUUUGAGCAUACUGGCAAGAAACAUUUUCUUCUAGAUGGAAAGACAUAUCGCAGCCAACGCUACUCUGGACGAUGCAUCUGGACACAUAUGGAAUCAAGCAAGAUGGUAGCUUGCCAUGGUGUUCCAGCAGAAGGGGUGGGCACAAUGGCCCAAAGUCUAUUUCCCUAAGAAAGGAGAAGGAGGUGCGAUUGAUACCCCCUCACCAAUGCAUUGGUGAGGGAGGAGGAGAUGUGGUUCUAGAGCUUCUUGGGAAACUAUGCUCUGCGGGUGAAGAAGAGUGUCUCCGUCUUCACCCAGGUUUUCCAGGGCCAGGUGGUCUCAGUGUAUGUGGGCCACUAGUCAUUUGUCCAGGCAAUUUUGGCAGAAAUGGAUCAACAAGGUUCCAGCGCUAUUCAGGAGACCCUGAUCUCUUAGUAGGGUCUGGGCUUUGAUUUCUCCCAACCCGCUCAGCCAAGGAAGGUAGAGGAUUCCAAAGCCCAGGAGCAAAGGAGACAUCGCAGAAACAAGAGAAACACAUAUGUUUGUUCUUAAUGUUGGAACAUCAGACCUGUUCCCUCCAGCCACUGAUUUUACCAGGCUUCCUGAAAGAACUGGUGGUGAACAUACACACAGUACUGAAACACAGCCCCUCUUCCUGGCAUAGUAACUUACUGAAGUAUUCAACUUUUCAUUAUCUUUAUUAUAACAAACCUGAUGCUUUUUUUUUUUAUUUUUAAAACUUGUUACUCUGACUUCUGUAUAUGUUGCACUGAAAAGGUUAAUAUUUAAUGUUUUAAUUUAUUUUGUGUGAUAAGUUAAUUUUGAUUUCUGUAAUGAGUUAAUGUGAUUAGCAGUUCUUUUCCUUAAUAUCUGAAUUAUACUUAUUUAAAGAGUAGUAAGCAAUAUAAAAUGUAGUUGUGUUUUUCAGUCAUGUGCAUUGUUGCCCAGUUGUACUGUAUGUACCUUGUUUGGAAGGAUGAAGGAAUGAACUCUUUUUUUUUUUUU